AUGAUCCCGCAAAACAGUACAGAACGAGGUGUUAUCAAUGUUGCACUAAGAGUGUCAAAAGAAAAUAUUGAAAUCGUUCCUCAGGAGACAUGUGUUCAGCAUAAAGGUCCUGAAACGAUGAUUCAAGAACGUCAAUCACGUUCCAUGCAUUUCGAUACGGUACCAGAAGAACGACACACUAACGAUGUGCACAGAAAACUACCGCAACGAGAACAAAAACGGCUUUCCGUAAUCUAA